AUGGAACCAUCAAACAAAAUGCUUAAGAAUAUAUCAACUGUUAAGGAGGCGGACAUCCAUUUGUUUCGGAUUGGAUUAUGUUUGACAUCGACCAGAGUUGAAGCCAAGAGAUCGCUAAUCCACAAACCGAUCGUACAAUUUGUGGUCUUAAUCUAUGGCUUUUUCAAAUACACAAUCACUUUAUUAAUACCGGAUUUGGAUUUAUUCUCAACUAUUGUUUUGGGAGAUUUCUCACAAUUUGUGGGAAUUAAACUGCAUUUCAAUAUCGCCUGCAAUUUCUUUAUAAUAUUAGCGUUGAGCUCACAAUUAGUAUAUUUCUAUAAUUAUAUCAACGAUAUUAAGCCCACAUUUUUGAACGUGUUUGAAGUGAUGUCCGGUUCGGGUCUGAAAGAUGGCCACAAAUUGAUGCGAAGAACAAAACGACUUUCCAAAGCGUUUUUGGCGAUAUUCUGGUCAACAAUGGGCUGUUUUAAUGCCCUUUUCAUGUAUUUCCUACUCUUCUCUCCGCUGACAAUCCUAUUGAGAAUUGCCAUCACAUAUGCACUCGUUAUCCCAUUGUCUGUAUUCCUCUUCAUUAUAUUCACCGCCUCUUCAGUGAACGCCGAGACCGACAAAACUCAUCGUUUGUUAAUCCCUUUAGUGAUACCCUAUUAUAGUGGACUCAAUCGCCAGCCGAUUGUUAAUACAAAACGUCCAUUCAAUGCGUUGACAACCAAAUUAAAAGUGAUUUCACUCAUUGAACGAAUCGGCGAUAAGAGGAUAGGAUUCUGGUGUUGGAAAUUAUUUCUAAUCACAGACUUCAGGUGCUAUGAAAUCAUAGCAUUGAUUGCCAUACUAUUCCUCAAAGUGACACAAAUUUUAAUACUAUUAAAUUAA